AGUACUCUGUACACAGUAAAUGCUCAACAAAUUCCAUUGAUUCAUUGAUUAGUUUUAUUCAUGGCUGGUAGACUGGUUUGGUACAUACAGUGGGGAUGGAGAUCCUAAGAAAAUUUCAAAAUACCUCUGACUGUCCUGUGACCUUAUUCACCGUGAUAAACCUAAAUGCUAGAGUAGGAUUCUUACAGGUCCACUAGGAAUGAGUAAGACUAUAUCAGAUCCUGAAAGCUUGCUCCUGGUUCUCUCCCCUGCAACAUUUCUCUCUAUGUGAGGGCAUCUGCUCUCUCUUUCUCAUUCAUCUCCCCUCUGCAGAGAUGAGUGAACAACAAGUCUUCUACACAGAGUUGAAAAUAAACAACUUCUCUCAGCCCCAUCCCAAAAGACAAGGGGAUAAGAAGAGCAAAGAUUCAGGAAAGGAGAAAGAAUUGAACUACGCUGAGUUGAGACUGCCUAGGUCUUCUCAGCAGGAGAGCAAACAAGAGAGACUCGAUGACCGAGAAACGAGUGAGCAGCAGGUAACCUACUCAGAGCUGAACAAGCAAAGGCUUAAUCUGCCAUGGCAGGACCAAAAAUCAAAGGGCGCGAAGAGCAGAAGAUCAACGAAUGAGCAGUCAGUGACCUACUCUGAGUUGAAACAGCAUAAUCGACCGCAGCGGUGCAGCCCCACUGAGAAUGCCCAGAGCAAAGUAGGUUCACAAAGCAAACUCUGGAAGUUCACUGCAGUGACUCUGGGGAUCUUCUGCCUUGCAUUACUGACCACAGCAGGUUUCUUGGCUGCCCAAGUGAUCCAGCAACAAGAAGUUUCUCCAAGCCCCCUUCCAAAACUGUCCUCAAACACCAUCAUCGUUGAUGAGACAGGAUGUGACCGGGGCCCUUGUCCAAAGCACUGGAUUGGGUUCAGAAACAGCUGUUACCUCUUCUCUAAUAACAGAAAGGACUGGAGAGACAGCAAGAUAGCCUGUGCAACUCUGAAUUCCAGCUUGCUAUGGUUAGACAACCGGGAAGAGCUUGAUUUCCUAGGAAUGUUUUCCUACUCUGCAUGGACUGGACUCUUUCAUAAUGGACCUCGUAGUUCCUGGCAGUGGGAGGAUGGCACAGCUUUCUCCAUUCAUGGGAUCACUUUCUUCAAGAAACAAUCACGGGGUAACUGUGUCUACCAAAAAACUUGGUAUUUAUAUCAAGAUAACUGUGAAGCUCUCAACUGGUUCAUCUGCAAACAGAGGACUCACUAGUUUCUGUCUAGAAAAGCCCCAACAUUGGAAUUUCACCUCAAUCCCAUCCACGUACUUCCUCAUAUGGAAUCCUGGAUGUCGACUGCACUGAUUUCUCGCUCAUCAGAAUGGCCCCAUUGUUUUCACUAGCAAGAUGUUUCUGGAUAGAAUUGGACAUUAAAGACCCAAGAGAAGGCGCUUCAGCAGUGUGUCAGGGCCUCGUGAGAUAUUUCCAGUCUAAACUCAGUGACUCCCAUUGGAAAUCCAAUUCAGUUAUAGCUUCUUUAAAGAGAUAGUGAGAUCUCUGGUAGAUACAACAACACCACUCAUUUUUCACACUUGGGCAGCAUGCAGUAUUAUGCAAUCUCUUGUGGCCCACCGCAAAUAAUUCUUCUGGAAGAAAAUGAAAUUGUUAAUGAAACUAAUUCACAAGUGAUUAACACAUCCAUCUACCUUCAGUUUCAUGGCUUUGUGAGUCCCGAAAAAUUUUCUGGAAAAAAUAGGGUAGGCUAUUGUAAAGUAACAGCUUUUGACACCUUCAAAACGGUAUGAAAUUCAAUUUAAACGUAAGAAACUGACAACGGUGAAAGAAUGAGAUUUUGCACACUUUAAAUGGACCUCAUUCAUUUAAUGGCAGUUAUUGAUCGUCAUCUAUGCACUUGGGUUCUAAUUCUGGCUUUGCCACUUGUCUGCUCUGUGACCUUGGGCAAAUCCCUUCACCUCUCUGUGUCUCAGUUUACUCAUCUGUAAAAUGAAGAUUGAGACUGUGAGCCCCACGUGGGAUGGGGACUGUGUCCAAACCUAUUUGCUUGUAUCCACCCCAGCAUUUAGUACAAUUCCUGGCACAUAGUAGGUGCUUAACAAGUACCAGGAUUAUUAACAUUAUUAUUAUUAGCCCCUUAAAGAAUACAAUUAGUGGAAUAGACUUUCUUCCUGCCCUUGGAGCAAUCAAAUGAAAGAAGCAGACACAAAUUGCACAGUUCUAGAAUGACCAGGAGAAAAACAUGAAUAUGUGUUAAUGUGGGUACUGAAUGGAAAAAUAAAUGAUUGAAAUAAAUAAUUGUACCUUCCAA